AUGCCAGUGGUCCUCACCCGCGCUCUCUGCAUCCCGGCCCGAGGUCGGCUGGCCUCGCCCACCCUGGCGACGGCAGCCGGGGCGGGGAGAGGGGCCGCGGGGGCGGGGCGGGGGCCGCGGGGCGCCCCCCGGCCGGCCGAGCCCACACCUGCCCGGCGCCCGCGAGACCCGCGAGCCGAGCCGGAGGCAGGGCGGCGUCCCGGGCGCCGAGGAGGGGCCGCGCGUCUCGGGCGGGCGGGGGGAUUCGUGGUGGGCGCGAGCGCCGCGCGGCCGCAGAGGCUGGAGGCGCUGCGGCGCGAGUGCGUCACGCCGGCGGAGGGCACGGUGGGCUGCGGCCGGCCCGCCGACCAGGAGCCGGGUGUCCCGGGUGGCGGGCAGGCGGCCGCACUCGCCCCGGCAGCCGCGAGCGGCGCGGCGCGGGCCCGGCCGGGGGUCGCCGGCGAGCCGCCGCCGGCUCCAUUCAUUCCCGCGGCUCCGCCUCCUUUUCCGGGCUCCUCCGGCGGCUCCGGCGGCGCGUCCGAGGUGAGUGCGCGGCCCGUCCCGGGCGGGGGGUCCCGGGCCCAGGCCGAAGCUGCUGGGUCCGGCCUCGCGCCCCGCCGGCUUGGCCCCGCACAGCCGCGGGUAGUGACGCGGGCACGAGCUGCGGGCCUCCUCGAGGGCUCGGGCGCGGCGCAGGCCCACGGCGGCCGCCUGGGCUCGGGGCGCGCGUCCAGCUGCGGGCGACUGGCCGGCUCCUCCGAGGGGCGUGUGGUGCGCCCCCAGGUGCUUCGGCCUCCGCGCCAGCGCCACCAUUUUGUGUAA